UUCUUCAAGAACUUCCCCCAGACACGCCUGGUCGGCACCAGCAGUUUUGCAGAGGCCUUCGAGGCUGUGUCGAGCGGUGAGGCAUUCUAUGCCGUGGUUCCGAUCGAGAACUCUGCAUCUGGGACGCUCCACAAGACCUACGACCUGCUGGUGAACCACGACGUGGUUAUCGGCGGGGAGCUCGGAGUGCGCGAGACGUAUUGCCUCUGUGCCAAGGAGGGCGUCGAGCUGGGUGCGGUCCGGAACGUCUUCAGCCACCCGAACAUCCUGGAGGCCUGCUCCGUGUUCCUGGAGGCGCGGCUGGCGCCCGGCUUCCACCUCGCGUCCACGAGGACGUCGGACGGAGGCGGCCCAGCGCGUGGCGCACUGCGGGGCGGACGGCGCCGCCGUGCGAGCAGGGAGGCGGCGGCGCGCCACGGGCUCCGCGCCCUGGCGGAGGAGCGGCCCUGCCGCCUCCAGGCCCUCGCCCUUCCCGAGGGACGUGCUCAGCCCGGUCAUGAAGCGGUCCGCGUGCUUCGCGGCCUCGCGCAAGACGCGGCCCCUCGCCACUACAGUCAGCCCGCCUAG